CUCAGAUCGGCGGAAGUCCCGCACUACUUGCGCUUACCCAUCGCAGUUGGCCAAGGCGUCGACAAGGCUAGAUGGAUGCGGACGCAGCCCAGUCGGAUGAUUGGUGGCGUCGGUGAACCUCUCGCUGGCCUCGAUGACUCGAUCGUGACUCGAGCAGCAUGGGCUGGCACGGCUGAGCAUCGAGUCUGGUCGCAGUCUUACGGGAUAUGCUGUCGUCUUGCACGCAAACAAGCGCAUACAAAAAGCAAGCUGCCUCUGUCACAAAGCUUACCCCUUGCUCCUCAUUUCCCUGCCUCCCUCUUCGCAGCUCAAGAUGGUCAACCUUCGUUCUCAAAAGCGCCUCGCGGCGUCCGUUCUCGGUGUCGGAAAGCGCAAGAUCUGGCUGGACCCGGCCGAGCAAUCCGACAUUGCCAAUGCCAACUCGCGUGCCAACAUUCGCAAGCUGAUCAAGGAUGGUCAAAUCAUUCGCAAGCCCGUUGUUGGUCAAUCUCGCGCUAGAACGCGCGAUGCUCACGCUGCCAAGCGUCUCGGUCGUCACACUGGCACCGGUAAGCGCAAGGGUACGGCCGAGGCUCGUAUGCCAACCAAGGUCAUGUGGAUGCGCCGCCAACGUGUCCUCCGCAGACUGUUGCGCAAGUACAGAGAGUCUGGCAAGAUUGACAAGCACUUGUACCACGAGCUCUACAUGAAGAGCAAGGGUAACGUCUUCAAGAACAAACGCGUGUUGAUGGAGCACAUUCACAAGGCCAAGGCAGAGGCCACUCGUGCCAAGCACCUCGCGGACCAGAUGGAGGCUCGUCGUGUUCGCAACAAGACGAUGCGCGAGCGCCGUGCCAACAGAUUGGCGGAGAAGAGGUCCGCCAUCACUGCGGUGGAGCAGGAGACCGAGCAGAAGUAGGCGCGUCGUUGCGCAUCGUCCCGCGCCGCCUUCGUCAUGCCUUGUCCCGCGUCAUCUUUUGUUCGGCCCUCAUCAACUCUACGCCCAAUAGACCGUGUCCUCAUCG